AUGCAAACCAAACCAAAUCACAGCUUCAAUCAACAAAUAAACGUCAUCAUAACCUCUUCACCAAAUAAACGUAAUCAUAACCUCAUCAUCAGAUCAACGUCAUCACAAUCUCAUCAACCAACAAACCUCAUCACCGUCUCAUCAACCAACGAACGUCAUCACAGUCUCGUCAACCAACAAACGUCAUCACCGUCUCAUCAACCAACAAACGUCAUCACAGUCUCAUCAACCAACAAACGUCAUCACAGUCUCAUCAACCAACAAACGUCAUCACAGUCUCAUCAACCAACAAACGUCAUCACAGUCUCAUCAACCAACAAACAUCAUCUCAUUCCCAUCAACCAACAAACGUCAUCACCGUCUCAUCAACCAACAAACAUCAUCUCAUUCUCAUCAACCAACAAACGUCAUCACAGUCUCAUCAACCAACAAAAGUCAUCACAAUCUCAUCAACCAACAAACGUCAUCACCGUCUCAUCAACCAACAAACGUCAUCACCGUCUCAUCAACCAACAAACGUCAUCACAGUCUCAUCAACCUACAAACGUCAUCACAGUCUCAACAACCAACAAACGUCAUCACAGUCUCGUCAACCAACAAACGUCAUCACAGUCUCAUCAACCAAUAAACCUCAUCACCGUCUCAUCAACCAACAAACGUCAUCACAGUCUCGUCAACCAACAAACGUCAUCACAGUCUCAUCAACCAACAAACGUCAUCACAGUCUCAUCAACCAACAAACGUCAUCACAGUCUCAUCAACCAACAAACGUCAUCACAGUCUCAUCAACCAACAAACGUCAUCACCGUCUCAUCAACCAACAAACAUCAUCUCAUUCCCAUCAACCAACAAACGUCAUCACCGUCUCAUCAACCAACAAACAUCAUCUCAUUCUCAUCAACCAACAAACGUCAUCACAGUCUCAUCAACCAACAAACGUCAUCACAGUCUCAUCAACCAACAAACGUCAUCACAGUCUCAUCAACCAACAAACGUCAUCACAGUCUCAUCAACAAACAAACGUCAUCACAGUCUCAUCAACUAACAAACGUCAUCACAGUCUCAUCAACCAACAAACGUCACCACAGUCUCAUCAACCAACAAACGUCACCACAGUCUCAUCAACCAACAAACGUCAUCACAGUCUCAUCAACCAACAAACGUCAUCACAGUCUCAUCAACAGAUAA